AUGACAAUCGAAGCGUCUGACGCUGGAGGGAACGGGGCUUCUGCAGUUGUUUCAGCGGCGGCCUCGGAUGGAGUUCCGGAUUCACGUGACGCUGUGAACGCUCGAAAGAGUCGCUGGAGCGCCGUCCUAGACUGGGCACGUUCGCCUUGGUUGGCGUUACGCACAGAGUAUUUACAGAUGAACGGCUCGACGCCGUGGUUUGUGCCUGCGCUCUCAGGAUCGGCGAUAGUGGUGGCGCUCCUCGGCACAGUCGUCGUGGUGCGCGCCUAUCGCAGGCGGCAAGACGUACAAAAGGGACGCGUGGGUAUCAAUGCCAGCGCCGGAACCGACCCAGCAGCUGCGCAGCGAACACGUAGGGCAGCGUACCGCACACGAGCACCGGACGCGGAGAGGUUAAGCGAAUUCGGGCAGGACUCAGAGGUGGAGCGUUCGAUUUCGCAACACGCACGGACUGAACGGUCGGAAAAGCGCCUCAGUGUCGGUCAUACCUGCCCGAAACAUAUUGCAUUUCGGGUGGAUAUGUCAGUCGCUGAUAUCAAAGCCGAAACGCAACGGAUCAUUGCGGAGGAACGCGCGCUCGCCGAUCAUAUCAGCUCGCUCUACGAACUGGUGCGCGGUGGCGCUCCUCUGCUGAAACCUCCCUUGGAUUUUGACCACACUUUCCAACUCUGGGCGGACAUGGAAGCCAAGCACGCCGCACGUCGAUCGAGCGUGACGUUUCCGAGCUUCGUGUCACCGCAUUCCGAUAUCCGCGCAGCGAGUGUCGAAGCACAGAGGGAGCUCGCAAAGCUGGAUGUCGAACUCAGUUCACGAGCCGAUGUUUACCGAGUGCUGAGACCGAUCGCUGACGAGUAUGAAAUACAACUUCGCGACGCACUGCGGCGGCAGCGGAGCUCGUUGCAUGCCCCAGUCGCAUCCCGCGAGUCCCGACGCGAGCAACUUCGCCACAAGCGAGAGAGUAUCCUCGAGCAAGCUGCUCACGAUCAGGAUUAUGAUGAUUUCGGUCGGCAGACGCCCCUGGGUGCACAGGCCGCCGCCGCCUUGGGCCUAACGCUGGAGCAUGUGCGCUACAUGCGCUUCACCGUUCGAGAUCUGGAACGGCACGGCGCACAUUUGGACGAUCAACUUCGGGAGCGGCUCGUUGAUCUUCGCACGCGUAUUGCUGAUUUAUGCAUAGAAUACCAGCGAAACUUGAAUGAGGAGAACACUCGUCUGUGGUUCUCGGCAGAGGAGCUGGCCGGCAUGUCUCCGACUUUUCUCGAGGGCCUGCGUAGCCGACCGAAUCCAGCGAAGCCUGAAGAGCUGGAAUUUGAAGUUACCCUCAAAUAUCCGCAUUACUUUCCCAUUAUGAAACAUUGUUCAGUUGAAGAGACCCGGCGCAUCCUCGAGAAACUCUUCCACUCCCGCUGCGUCCCAGAGAACGUGUUCUUGCUCGAAGAGACGGUGCGGCUUCGCGAUGAAGCAGCCAAGCUCUUAGGGUAUCCCUCUCAUGCCGCGUUCGUUCUUGAGAUGCGCAUGGCAAAUUCACCGGAAAAUGUCGAAGCAUUUCUGCACCGUCUGAGCAAGCGAUUGGAUAAGGCUGCGCAUGCGGAGCUGUCGGAACUUCGUCGCCUCAAGCGCAAGGAUAACCUUGAGCGUUACGGUGUGCUCUUGGGCCUUGAACCCGACAAUGAGAUUCGUAUGUGGGACCUCCGCUACUACAUGACGAAAUACGAGGAGCAGCAGCUGCAGAUUGAUCAUACGAAAAUCGCCGAGUAUUUCCCGCUAGAGCGUGUGCUUUCGAACAUGCUCGAUAUUUACCAAGAGCUACUUGGUUUGCGUUUUGUUCAUCUGACCCAGGGCCAACGCUGGCACGAGGACGUGCGCCUGUUCGAAGUGCGCGAUGCGCAAAACGCCGCACUCUUGGGCUAUUUUUACCUGGAUCUGCAUCCGCGUGAAGGCAAGUAUGGUCAUGCCGCUGUCUGGCCUUUGCAGCCGAGCUGUGUGCGGCCCAGCAAAGUCCAGGAGACGACUGCGCCUCGCGGCAAGGUCGGAACACCCAGCACUGGCACUAGCCACGUGCAUCGUGCAUCGGAAACAGCGACAAAUGCGCUCCAGCUCAAUGCGAUGCAUUCGGCCGAUGGAGAGCGUCAAGUCCCUGUAGCAGCAAUGGUAGCGAAUUUGAGCAAGUCUUCGGGAGGCCGCCCCUCGCUUCUACGGCAUGAAGAGGUGGUGACGCUUUUCCAUGAGUUUGGACAUGUCAUGCAUCAUUUGUGCUCAAAACCGCGAUUCGCACGAUUUUCCGGUACCAGAGUGGAGCGUGAUUUUGUUGAGGCACCAAGUCAAAUGCUCGAGAACUGGUGCUGGGAUCGUCAAGCGCUGGAGCGGCUUUCGGGGCAUUACGAGCGCCUGGCACCACGUACACCCAGGGACGAUGGACAGAGCGAAAGUGCUGGUGCUGGUGCUGGUACUGGAGGAGCUCUCGUACCGGAGCCGCUUCCUUCAACGCUCAUUGAGCGACUCCAGCAGACGCGGCGUUGUCUCAUCGCGCUACAAACGCGUCGACAGAUUGUGCUUGCGCUCUUCGAUCAGGCGUUGCAUCAUGCGCCCACACGUGAAAAGCUCGAGCGGGAAUACGGUGCCGAUCGCCGGAACAGUCGCAAUCGGAGUCGGAGCCGCGCUUCUGGGCACCGCAAUAGCCAGCAGCAGCAGCAGCAGCAGCAGCAGCAGCAGCAGCAGUUGUCGUCGUCUUCGGAGAUGCUUGUGGACGGCAUCGAUACUGCGGAACUGUUGGCGCUGCUCCAGCGGCGAAUCGGACUGGUCCCCAUGACUCCAGGAACCCAUAUGGGGGCGAGCUUCGGCCACCUCAUGUCCGGUUACGAUGCGCAAUACUAUGGCUACCUAUGGAGUGAGGUGUAUGCCUGCGAUAUGUACGCACAGGCGUUUGCGGAUCAACCACUGGAUCCCAAGGCUGGCUACCGCUAUCGCCAGCUGGUUCUCGCUCCGGGAGGUUCUCGUGGUGCAAAUGAAAUUUUGCACGACUUUUUGGGACGAGAACCGCACGAGGAUGCGUUUUUCCGGCUCAGAGGUCUCUAA